UACAGCGUCUUCAUGGCAACAACACACAACACUAAACAUUCACAGCGGGUUACACAGGAGCAGUUACUUGUUACCUAUAGCCAAACUGUUCCUUGUAUUAUUAUUUAUUAUUCCUUUGUUAUUUUCUGUAGUAUUAUAUCUUGUAAAAGUAGCAGCGAUGCCGAAGAAGAAAUUCGCCAAAGUAAAGAGGGCGAAAGCCGGGAAAGGAAAGAAAGAAAGCAAGCAGGAGUCAAAAACAGACAAAGAGUCUGAUAUCGACAAAGCCAAGGCCAACGCUGCGCUUUGGGAGCUGAGGUUACAGGUCAACGACCAGUCGCUCGUGCAGUACCGCGAGGCUUGUCGCAAGUUGGCACGCGCAAACGAGGAGCUCACCAACCAACUGUACCGCGCGGAGAAGGACACAAUCGAUAUAACUGGCUUUCUGAAGAGACAAGAUGCAGCUAAAGAUGAGAAGAUCAAUACGCUGCAGAAAAAACUCAAAAGCCAAGAGGCAGGUGCACAGGAAGAGCACAACAAACUGGUUUAUGAUUACACAGUUCAAAUCAAUGAGAUGAAGGAACUGUUCAGAAAGAAGUCCAGUGACUUUAACAUGAUCCACGAUGGGAUGGAGAAAAUUCAGCAGUUUGAGAAGAGUAAAGCCCAGAUGGAGCAGGAGCUCAGUGAUAUUAGAGAAAAAAUGGAAGUUGCUGACAAGGAGCACAGGGAAAACCUUAACAAAAUACAGUACAAAUUCUUCAAAGAAAAGGAUCGCCUGGAGAGGGAAGCUAAGCAAACGAUAGCACUGGUGGUGGAGAGGGCCCACAAUGAGGCCAUUGUGCAGUUGGACGACGCCUCGCGCUCUGUGUUCAAGGAGAAUGUCCGUCUCAAUGAAGCGCUGAAAUAUCACAUAAAGGAGGCAGAGGAUCUUCACAUAUUGACAAAUUCAAUGGCUAAGGAGAAUGCCUCCCUGGAACUGGACAAGAACACGUUUGAGUUGAUGGUAAAGAAAAACGCAGCUCAUAUGGAGGCCCAAAAUAAGGAGCUCUCUAAACUGAGGGCCAAGGUCGCUUCCCUGGAGCAGACCCUGGAGCGAAAAGCUGGGGAGGCUAAGAGAGAGGAGAAGAAGGAGAAAGAGAAGACCCUGGUCAGCAUCCAGGCCAGCCAGGUAGAGUUGGAGAAGCUGCAGAAAGUGCUUUCUAUGCGGGAGAGCGAAUUGGGGCACAUCAAGCGGCUAGCAAGCACCAUUGUAGAGCAGCGCACAGAGCUGGAGCAGUUCUUCCACGAGGCACUGGCUCAGGUGAAGCAGGAGAUCAUGGCCAGCAGGUUGCAAUACAAAAAGGAGGCACUACAUGCUUAUCGCUGUAGGGUGAGAGAAGCCACAGCCGGAAGACUAAAGUUCCCACCCAUCCGCACCUUUCAUAAAGGCCCCCACAGUACCAACUCUGUCUAUUCAGACAUGGAGGCGGCUGCAAGGUGGACUCAUCAACCAGACAGCAAAGUUGAAAUCUCCGAUCUGACUUGGGAGCACAAGGAACAAGUGCUCAGGCUUCUCUUUGCUAAAAUGAAUAGACAGAGGGAAAGGAAAGCCAGCCAACAUAUGGCUUUGUCUGCCUCCUCUGAGAAGAAGAGCCUUAUUGACAGCGACGCUGCCGGAAUUAGAGAGGAGCUCUCCCCGGCGACCUUCAUAACCCAGGCGCCUGAGCCUGUGUUACUCUUAAACCCAAACUGCCUGCCGGAUAUACACAACACCACAUGACCUCUGCGUGGCUGGCACAUUGCACAUCACACUCUGGAUUGUUUGCCUCUGCUUUGUACGUUCCCCACUGAGUGUCAAUUAUGUGUGUAGUAGAAUGCAAGAUGUUUGUUUGUGCUCAUUAUAAAUAUCCUACCAUGCAUGU